CAAAGGUUUAGGAUAUUUAUUGUUAUUUGUAACUAUAAGCUAUUUCAGGUUGCGCUACGUACGAGGAAAUAAUACGUUCUUGCGUGUUUUGCGACGAAGAUAAUCAAAUUUAGGUAAUCGUUUCGGAUUUGCUUCGUUUUCGUUGCCAUCUGGCGCAGGCGCACCAUAGCGACGGCGUGGUUGCUAGGGAGUGCAGCGGCCCGCUUUGGACCCAAGAACGGAGGCGGAGUGAUCCUGAAAUUUGGGCGCACAGCGGUUAGCUGCGGGAAGGAAAGCGGAACAGAGGCGAAAUUAGCUGCGUAAUUUAUCUACUUAAAGACAGAUUAACCGUCUAAAUAACACAUCAUUACAAUGGCUGACCAACUAACUGAGGAGCAGAUUGCUGAAUUCAAGGAGGCCUUCUCACUAUUUGAUAAAGACGGUGAUGGCACCAUUACCACCAAAGAGCUAGGGACAGUGAUGCGCUCUCUAGGGCAGAACCCUACAGAGGCUGAGCUCCAAGACAUGAUCAACGAAGUUGAUGCUGACGGUAAUGGAACAAUUGAUUUCCCUGAGUUUCUCACAAUGAUGGCAAGGAAGAUGAAGGACACUGACAGCGAGGAGGAAAUCAGAGAAGCCUUCCGAGUGUUUGACAAGGAUGGAAACGGCUACAUCAGUGCUGCAGAGCUGCGUCAUGUCAUGACGAACCUGGGAGAAAAGCUGACCGAUGAAGAGGUAGACGAGAUGAUCCGAGAGGCAGAUAUCGAUGGGGAUGGCCAGGUCAACUAUGAAGAGUUUGUCCAGAUGAUGACUGCAAAGUAAAACUGGAAACCCAAAGGACUACAGCAGACCAAACAGUGGGCAGCAACUCUCACUGUCAACCUUCAACAAGCAUUCACACCGUCCUUCUACUGCUUUCCAUGACUUAGUUCUCACUCUACCUUUUUCUCUUUCCUUCAGUUGAACUGUCCUCUCCUCUGCUCUGCCUGUUUCCCCGUCCCUUCCCAACUUGUUUUCCUUGUCUUCACCUUGUUGUUAUUCCAUAAAAAUCAAAGAAAUGUUUACAUAUAAUCUAAGAUAAAAAAAAACUUAAAUAUAUGAUGUAAUACAUGUAUCAAUAUUUUAAAAGGUAUAUAACAUAUACUAUGGGGAACAGCAAAUGCAUGCUUUAUUUGGUUUUGGCAUGUUUCUGUGCUUCUCUGCUUGCCUUGUUUUUUAACUUGCUCGCUCUCCUUUAACUCUGCAUGUUUCUCAUGCAACCUCUGCUCAGUGGUCUUAGAACUGUAUGGUGAACAACCAUUCAUGGAUAUCAGGGGCUUUUAAUAAGUGGUCCAAAAUGUACAUGUAGUGUUAGCUGAGUAGUUGCAGUUUAGUGUAGUUGAGUGCAUAGUAACUACUCAGCGUAGAUACUGAGAACAAUAAGGCAGUAGGUUUGGCCUAGGAUAGGCCAGGCAUGAAUAGGGGUGCUAGGUUUCGCAAGGAAUUGUACAAUUUCUGCACGCCUUUUAGAAAACGACAAAGGCAGACACUAAGCGACAAGGCUGUAGUCUUAAACACCUGGUCUUAAAGAGCUCUAUUGGUCCAGACCCAAAUAAAUGCCAUGAUCUGUUCUAGGCUAGAGAGGUCUGAUGACUCAUGUCAGAGGAUUUUUUCAGCUGUUCAACACUUUUAUUUUUUUUCCCCUAUAGGCUGAAUUUAGUUGUUUUGAGCGGUUGCCGUGAGUAAGUUUCGUAUUGACGAUGUAAAUUAACUUCCAUGUGGACUUAUGGUCAUUAGAUUUUUAUGCUGCACUGUGUCCAAAUCAUCCAUUCAUGUCCUGUAGCUUAUUCAGUGGACCAUUUCCGGGUUGGAAAUAAACGCACUUAAGCUGUGUACAACAUUCUUCCUGCAAGGUAUUGCCAAGUGUGCAUGGUGUACUUGAAGAAACCACAUUAUUAUUGAAACCUAGACUGAUAGGAUUAGAUUUAAUUGCCUGUUUGUCAGUGUGCAUCCUUCAAAUAUUUGUCAUCAUAGCACCUGCUUAACACUCAUCCAGUUAAUAAGCAAAAUUUGAAAUUCAAGUUGACUACAGAGGCUUGUGCAUGGACAAAACCUGCAGGAAGGGUGAUGUACUAUGCUUAAAACGUUGCAUCCUCUAUAGUGACAAUCUGUCUUUUUCUACUGUUAUGAAUGUAUUUUUUUAAAUGUAAUUUUAACUGUUUAUUCUAAGGGCUGGUUUUCCAGAAUAAGCCCAACCUUGGACUAAAAAGAGUUUGUGUAGAAUCACUGUCUCGGGCUAAGAUUUGGCUUAAUGCCUGGAAAAAACACCCUUCCUUCUUUCCUGCUCAUAUUGUCAUUUAGGGAACAUUGAAGUUAUGCGUUCCAUUGCAGAACUGUUAUUCUUGCUAAAUAAACUUCUGGGACUUGUGUUUCUA